UUUUUUUCUUUUUUUUACUUUUUAUCAACUUUACUGAAGAUAGCUUUUAUUUUAUUUUAUUCUAUCUUAUAAUGUCUACCCGUUCGUCGCCAGAACCAAUUGUCCAGAGUCCACCGAACGGUCUAUCCAUAGAAGAUAAACAAGAUAAUGAUGAGGAGGCCGAAGUCGAGUUUCUGCAUACGCCUUCUCCCUCAAUUCUCUGUCCAGUUUGCCAUGAGGUUUGUCGAGAGCCAGUGAUUACCAAUGGAUGUAAUCACUCUUACUGUGCAUCAUGUAUCUAUCACAGCAUUGAAAUCGAACCAUUUUGUCCGCUUUGCCGGUCUCGUAUCAAGAUUGAAGAUUUGCACCCAAAUCUCGCUUUGGCUGGAUUGAUUUCUGAACUUCUUGUCUAUUGUACCAAUAAAAAGUAUGGGUGUCCUCAGAUUGUUCGUCAGGACGCACUUCACGGACAUGUUCUCUAUUGCUCCUAUGCACCUUCUGUCUGUCCUAAUAAAGCUCUAGGAUGUCCAUAUAAAGGAACAAUGCGCGAUGCUAGAGAUCAUUUACAAAAUUGUGUUUACGAGCGUUUUAAAGGAUACAUUGAAUCGACAAACAAACGUUUUGAGAAGCUUGAAUCGUUAAUAGCGAACCAGGCAAGGGAUAUUGAAAAGCUUCAGCGGAUCAUCAGAACAGGAAAAGGCACUGCUUUUGCUUCAGAGAACAAUACAAAAGACAGUUCAUUAUCGCCUUCAUCAUCUUCAUCAUUAAUCACCGAAGGCACAGAUGGAAUCCACAGACGCGGUUCCUCUUCAGGUUCAACUCUGGGUGAUACAAGACGAACUAUUGUCUCUACGUUUCCUCAUGAUGAAAUUACUUGCCACAGAACAAUUGCGAGUCAUCCCUGUGGUGUGACAAGUGUAGCAGUCAAUCAUGACAGAGUGUUUGCAGGAGCACAUGAUGGUAGCACAAAAGUAUUCGACAUCAACACGGGCCAGCUUUUGAAGGACAGCAAAGGACACACGAUGUCUGUAUGGGGUUUAGCAGUGAUGCCAUCGGGUGAUCGUUACUUUAGUGCAGGGUCUGAUGGGACGAUCAAGGUUUGGGAUUGGCUCAAGGAGGAUGAAGAGUCCUGUCUCGUUCGAACUAUACCCGAUCAUCAUGCCAAGAUCUAUGGUCUAGUGAUCUAUCAAGGACGACUCUAUUCGGCUUCUUCAGACAAGACAGUCAAGGUCUGGGAUACAGAGACACUUGAAUGCCUGGCAACGUUCCAGGGCCAUACUGGAGGGGUGAAUAGUUUAGCAGCAUUGACGGAGGCGAGUGCGAAUCAACUGGUCACGGGAUCAUCUGACAAGACCAUCAAGUUAUGGGAUGUGACGACAGGAACGUGUUUAAAGACUGUCCGUCGUGGAACAAGCGAGGUGUUGGAUGUGGCAGUAGGGGAUGGGAUGUUGUUUGGAAGCACCUAUGAUGCAGUAAUUCAUGUGUAUGAUUUGAAUGAGACAAAAGAACUAGGAACAUUGAGUGGACAUAAUUGGGAAGUUUGGCAACUCGAGUAUGGACAGGGGCAUUUGUUCAGUGGUAGUUUUGAUCAUACUAUCAAGCGAUGGGAUCCACGUCGGUUCCAAUGCGAUCUCACAUUGAAGGGUCAUAAGAGUUUCGUGCAUGGAAUGGCUCUCGCGGAGGAUUGCCUUGUAACAGGGUGUGCAGAUCGCACGAUCAAGAUCUGGCGAUAAAUUUGCUG